UGCUGUUCAACUUGACCUACCGCAGGCAUCAGGCGAGGGCUGAACAUGUCUUGGGCUGAAGGUCGCGAAGCAGCCAUGCCCGCAGGUGCGACUGGCUCGCGGCAAGAGGCGUUGGACAGGGUGGACGGAAUGCUUCGAGCUCUCGCGCGAGACAAGCUCCUGCAAGAUGACUUGAGGAACACCGACGUGAAAAGGGCUCUGGAGCACUGGACUGGGCAGAACAGGAUGUCUCAAGACCACGCGGACGAGCUCAUGGAGGACAACUACAGAAUACAAUCUGUGUGCUCCCGUAUGGCGGAGCUUCAGAGUUUGUGCAAGCAGGCCUCCAUUGGACUGCCGCUCUCACACGUGCUUGCUGGGAAGGGGCUUUACGAUAAUCUUGACCAGCCCGGGCAAGCGUCUGCCGCCGCAACCUCCGGUUCCGGCGGGAACGCGGUAGACCAAACAGGACGACCAACAUCAACAAGCGAUGGCAGCAGCAGUGGUCUGCAGCGUCGAAAGGGAGCGACGGCGAAGGGGUUGCAUGAUGCAACGGCGGGAGCGGAGGUAGGGACCGGAAAGGAAGAAGACGAGCCCUCCUGGCGGCGGGCGCUCGCCGAGGAGGCCUUGAGGUUGACGUUCGUGUGCCUGUGCGCUCUGGUGUUUACUCUCCUGCUCAAGCACUAUCGAGGAGACGACCCGCUCGGGAAAGGUUUGCCAGGGCAGCAGCAAACGCCACCGUCAGCGGGAGAGGGCGAGUUGUGA